AUGAAGAUGCUCAACUUAUUCAACAGAAAGUCUAGAAGCACCUAUGAGGCCAGUGUACGUUCCCCCGUCGACAAACACCUGGAAAAAGAACUCAAGGAGUUUUACACAGCUGCUUCAAAGGGUAAUUUGACAAAGUUGAGGAAGCUUGCUGCGAAGAAAGAUAUUACUCAACUCAACAAGCUGACUAGUGAUGCACUUCAUGUUGCCUGUGCCAGAGGACACGUUGACGUGGUGCAAUUCCUUAUUGAGAGGAAAGCAAAGCUGAAUCAAUGUGACUCUGAAAAUAGAUCUGCCUUAAUGAAGGCAGUGCAGAGUCAGCAUGAGCAAUGUGUGGGCAUGCUGCUGGAAAACCAUGCUGAGCCUAACCUGGUGGAUAACAAAGGCAACACAGCCCUGCACCUGGCAGCAAACAUCCCAUCCGUCCCCAUUGCUUCCUUGCUACUGCACCAUAAGGCUAACAUCAAUGCCCAAAACAAGAAGGGUUUUACACCUCUGAUUGUAGCAGUACGUGAGCAUUAUAUUAAGAUGGCAAACUAUCUCCUCAACAAGAGAGCUGAUGUAAAUGUCAUCGACCAAGAACAAAGGUCCCCAUUAAUGAUAGCUGCUGGCAGAGGACAGAUCGAUAUGUUGGAACUACUCAUGAGGUUUAAUGCUAAUACUGCACUAAAGGAUACCAAAGGAUGGACAGCGUGUGAGUAUGCUGUAAAGAAUGGUCUUUCUAAGAACACUGAGAAAACUGUGGCCAGUCAGGCUGGAUUAAUUCACCAGGCACAACAGCCUUCAGCCACCAAGAGCUUCAACAUGGCAUCAGUGCAAGUGCAUCUCCCACUCUCAUUGAGGGACAAUGGUGACAAACAGGAAGGACAGAUGAAAAAUCUGUCAGAAGAUCAGAAGGCACUUGCUGCUGUGAGCAAACAUGACAGGGAUAAUGACCAAAAGACUGAUCUUGGUUUGGGUGUUCUCGAUGAGCUAUCAGAAUGGGACUCACCCAGUGUCACCAGACAUGAUGGCAAUGAUGAUAUUAAACAGAUGGAGACUGAGCAGCAACUUGGUAUUUUAAGCAAACAGGACAGAGUUAAUGGACAAAAGACUGAUCUUGCCACCAAGAGCCCCAUUGGGGCAUCAGUGUAUGACCAAAAGACUGAGCUUGGUUUGAGUCCUGAAGAUGAGCUAUCAGACUGGGACUCACCCAGUGUCACCAGUCAUGAUGGUAAAGAUGAUACAGACAGAGAUAAUGGACAAAGUACUGAUGUUGAUUUGGGUUUGUAUAAUCUAUUACAGCCAGUAGCCACCAAAAGCUCCAUCAGUGCAUCAGUGCAAUCACAUCUCCCUCUCCAGCUGAGGCACAAUGGUAACAAACAGGAAGGACAGAGUGGAAAAGACCUGAAGAUGGCUGAGAUAGCCAACAGCAACAAUCUGAAAAACCAUGUAAACACCCUGAAAUCUGAGUUAGCUAAGAUAACAACUCUGGCAGUGGCAGAACAUGAGGUUGAGUUUUGCCUGGCACCUCAAACAGACACAAAGAAAUUGCAACAACAAGAGAGACAGGAGCUCCUUCACCUGAGAGACAGAUUCACCCACUCACAGCACUCAAACUGUGAAGAGAGGGUAAAACUGGUGGAGCAGAGAACUAAGGAGCUCACCAGUAAGGCUGCUGCCCUCGAAGACCAGAUCCACAAGUUAAAAGAAGAAAAGAAUGAAACAGACUCUAAAUUUAAGCAACUAGCUGACUCUCUCAGGAAGAUGUCAAUCAAGGAAGCUCUUCUGGAGGUCAACGUACCUGAUUGCAAUGACCUGGAGAAGGAGACUCAGCUUCUUAAAGACAUAGAUUGGGUUAAAGGAGUAAGGAGUAAAGACCACUAUAUGCAGCCUGAGAGACAAAUAAACAGUCUAAAGAGAAGUCCUGAUGAAAGGGAUAAGAAUCCCCCCAACAAACAGCUAAAAGUCACUGUGGAGAGGUGCAUGAAGAGUCAGGCUGUGUUAGGGCUCCACCGGGCCCAGAGAGAAAAUGUUCUGUCCAAGCUGCACUCUGGCUGUGAAGAGAAGGCACAAGUGGUGGAGGAAAGAAAUAAUAAGUGCACCAGUAACGCAUCUGACCUCCAGCACCAGCUCAAACAGUUGGAAGAAGAAAAGAAUGAAACAGAGGCUAAUCUAAGGCAACUGGCUGACUCACUUGAAAAACUGUUGACUAGUGAAACGUCACUGGAGGCCAACACACAUUCUCACAAUGACCUGGAAGAGGAGACUCAGUUCCUCGGAGACUCAGGUGGGGUUAAACAAAUACUAGAAGAGAGUAAAGACCACUAUGAACAGCCUGAGAAAAGAAUGAACAGUCUGAAAAGCAAUCCUGGAGAAAAUCAUAAAUAUACCACUAUCAAACAGUUAAGGGAGGCUGUUGAGAGACUCAAGAAAAAGAAGGCUUAUGAUGUCCAAGACCAGAUCUUCAAGAUGGCCAAAGAAAAGAAUGACACCAAGGCUAAAUUAUUUCAGCAAGCCGACUCAAUCAGGAGGCUGUCGAACAAAGCUUCUCUGAGGGUCAACACACAUCAUCACAACACCUUGGAGGAGAAAACAACUCGCCUCCUCAAACUCAUAUACAGGACUAAAAAAAUCGUAGAGAAUGACAUCCACUGUGUGCAGUCUGAGAGACAAUCUGCAUGUCUGAAGAGUAGCCUGGAAGAAAGGGAUAAGAAUACUACCAUCACAGAGCUGGAUGACGGUGUGGAGGGGUUCAAGAAGAAGCCUGCUGACCUCCAAGAUCAGAUCUACAAGAUGGACAAUGAAAAGAACACAAGGCAGCGUGCUAAUUCACUAAAAAUGAUGCCAAUGAGUAACCCUUUUCUGGAGGUAAACACAAAUAAUCACAGUGACCUGCAGGAGAGGACAACUCAGCUCCUCAAACUCAUUAGCAGAACCAAAAGAAUGUUAGACAACAAAAACCAUUAUGUGCAGCCUGAGAGACAAAUGAUAAUGGCUGAGAAUACCACCAUCAAACAGCUGAAGGACACCGUGGAGAGACUCAAGAAGGAGAGAUUGGGACUGUCUCUGACACCACUUGAAAAAGAAGAAUUAAAAAUGAAAGCCAACAAGAUAGCAGAGGAGUGGAACAGUCCAACGAUGGACCUGAGCAGACACAGUCAGACUGAGGGUGGAUUCAGAAGAAUGAAAGAAAAGGUGGAAGAUCUGGCAGAGAAGAAGGUGGAGAAGGCAGUGUCUUUCUGCAGCCAAUUAGAGAAUGUGAACUUUGAGAUUAAGAAAAAGCUGACCUCCCCGAAGAGGUCCCGCUGCUGUAGCGUCCAGCUGGAGAGGAGUAAAAUGCAGCCGUGUGAGGACAUGUUCCCCAACCACCUAAGGGCAGAUAAUCUGGUGCAAGUGAACCUGCAGUUCCAGACAGCUAAUCAAAAAGCAGAGGAUCAGAUCAAAGUGACUACUAGUAAGCCUCAUGAGUUGGAACAGAACAUCCAGAGGCUAGAGAGGGAACUGGCCCGUGCCUGCUCCAUGCAGUAUGACAGCCUUGAGCGGACAACAACAAAACAGAGCUAA